UACGGGUGACCAGGAAGCGAGAGCCGAGACCGGGAAGAAGAAGGAAUCGCGUCCAGACGGUGGUGCAGAGGCUGCGGGCAACAUCCGAACAUGUGGAAUCCCAACCCCGGGCAUCCAGGGCCAAGUCCAUACCCCCCCAACCCUGCCUGUCCACCACUUGUCAAUCCAGCUUGUCCUCCUCCAGGCCCCCUUCCCUGUCCUCCUGGGCCCCACCAUGGGAAUCCAGCUUUCCCUCCAUGUGGGCCCCACCAUCCUGUGCCCAACCCGGGAUACCCAGGAUACCACCCCCCAGGCCCCCACCCCCCUCCAUGCCCACCUCCUGGCCCCUGCAUGCCUCCUGUGAAUCCCUUGGCGCCUGGCAUGGUAGGACCAGGAAUGGUGAUGGAUAAGAAGAUGCACAAGAAAAUGAAGAAAGCUCACAAGAAGAUGCACAAGCAUCACAAGCAUCAUGGCAAACACUCCUCCUCCUCCUCCUCUUCCAGCAGUGACUCUGACUGAACACAGGCCCGGACCCUCCCCUCCAGUCUCAUCAGCUGUACUCUCCCAUCAAGCUUCAGAUGCCCUUGGCCCCCACCCCAGCCCACCUCCACCCAAGCCUCACUCACCCAGCUGUUCAGCCCUGACUGGCUAGGCCCAAUGGGAAGAGGAUUGCCGUGGGCUAGUAAAGGCCGUCUUGUUGCCUCUUGGAUAGAUCUUAUAGCUUGAGAGUUUAGCAGGGGAGCUGUUUUCUGAAGAUAAUGAAGACUAAGAUCUGAAAAAUGUGAUUUUUUUCCUUCUUUUGUAAUACUUCUGAUUGGGGGUUAUCUGUGGAAAUGUUAAUUAUAAAAAAAAAUCUGUGCCUUUGUUAUGAUGGUGGCACACUUGGGUGUGCCUUAUAGCAGGUCUGCUACCCAGUUCAUGGGAAAAUGGCCUUUCAUUGAUUGUACUGACUGCAAGGCUGCUGGGAAGUGCAGUCUAUUUGGUUGAUGAGCUCUGAGUACUAUUUUGGAAUGUAAUCUCACAUCCUCAGCCAAAGAUGCUAUCUCUGGGCCUCUAGUUUCCCAUCUCUCAGUCCAAAUAAAGCCAUUUUUCCUGGUCUCUGUUCA